GGCGGGGAGAAGUGGAAGAAGCGCCUCACCCCGAGGCCGGCAAAACGACGACGACAGAGGGCCACCCCCCGGACCACCCGCGGGUCAGGGGCUGGGCUCCAAGGGCCUCGUUGGCUGGAGGUGACCGGGGCGAGCGCAUGGGUGCGAGCGAGGAAGACCUCCCCGAAAGCCUGAUCAACUGCACUAACCUGAAGGUGGGCAGACAGUCACAGCAGCGUGAGAAUUGGUCUCCGGGAGGCGCCUUGCUCUGGGAGCUUGGGCGGUUGGGCGGGUGGCCAAACUCCAAGUGCCACCACCCACCUCACGCUGGCGUCUCAGGCUUUCUGGGGAUGCGUACUAUGUACGAAGUAGCACCGUGGGGGGUCUCCCGAAAACGAGUCCUCCGGACCAUAUCCCGCGCUGGGGCCUUAAAUCCACUGGAGACGGACCGUCCAUUGAAUGAGUCGGCAAGUGUGCGUGUGAGUGUGUGGGCGACGGUAGGCCGUACAGGGACAGCCCAUGGCCAGGGGGCGAGAGCUGUUCAGAGCUCCAAGUCACACCACGCGUGGCCUGUUAUGAUGUCCCGUUGGUUUGGACCAUCUGGGACCAUGGACGGCCAUCUUUGCUGGGUCCCGAAACAGAACGACACUGUGAGCACGCACUGAUCGCCGAGAAUCUCGUCCUUUCGUUUGUCGAUCCAUGAAUGGGAUGAAUUGAAGGAAUCGACCCGGCGGGCAAUUGGUUCGACUGGGGCGAAUACGUCAAGG